GGUUUAGUCAGAGGAGAGUGUUGACGUACGUGCGCGUAAUAAUAAUACCCAACACUAUCAUACAUUGGGUUACAGCGCUUCACUCUGUAUUUUGGAGACAAGUUGAUGAAAAUCAUAUGUUUAUUUUUGUGAAUUGAAACAGUGCAAUUAGAGUGAAAGGCCGUGGAAUAUUACCAUGUUCUCUGCCUUGUGGAGUGGCGAGUGCAUCAGAGUCGCUGUCAAGUGUCUGUGUCAGGCUGAACGUCAAACUCUCGACAUCCAGCACCCAAAUUGACGGGUGUGUGAAGGAGCUGCGAUGGUGCGUCCUGUGAAGCCCGAAGCGGAACCCAGCUGAUCCCGGCAAGCGUCCCUAUGAUGAGCCCAUGGAUGGUCCUGCCCGCCUUCCUGCUAUGGGGGUGGGCGGCGGGCGGGGUCACACUUUCUCUGUCUUGUGGGCGUUGUGAAGGAGGGCCUGACGGGUACACGUGCCCCAGCUCAGAUAGUGCCCAGGCGUAUGUGCUCAGGGCACUGCCAGAUCAGGUUCUCCGCGUGGAGUGUCGCAACAAUGUGGGGGACUUUUCGCUGUUGAAGGACUGUAAUUUCACCACAUUCAGACAGUUUGAGUUUGAGAGAUGCCCACUGCCCGACGUGUCGUUUGGCGAGGUAUUCCGGAGGAUAGGAGUGCCAAGUGGUGAUGUGAAGUCCCUCAGCUUCACGGCAGGCUCCUGGAAUGCUUCCUCGGGUCUGCAAGAAUGGCACUUGGACUCCCUCACAAACCUGCAAACGCUGCAGCUGGUUGACAACAACUUCACUUCCUUCCCUCCUGCUCUGCUGACGAAUACUCCCAAACUGGAGUUCUUUAGAUUUAUAGGAAAUCGGGUGGGCAGUCUCCCGCACACCAUGUUUGCAAGCACACCGAAUCUCGUCAUGGCUGAGCUCGGGAACAACGGACUCACCAGUGUACCUGAAGACCUCUUCGCCAACCUCACAAAGCUGCUCAAUGUUAGUCUCUGGAACAACCAGUUGACCGAUAUACAAAGAAGCUUAUUUUCAGACAUCACAGGACUCAGAUUUCUAGACCUGAGAGACAACUUCCUGAGUGACAUCACAAAUAGGCAAUUCCAAGGAAUGAAAAUACUAAAAAGACUCAACCUUGGAGGAAACAGAAUCAGCAAUUUAAACAAGGAUUCGUUUGGGGAUCUCAGGAGCUUGGAAGAACUCGAGCUUCAUUCGAACUGGCUUGAAAACUUACCCACAGGCAUCUUUGAUAACCAGAGGCUGAUGCAGAAACUGAUCCUGAGAAACAACAGUUUGAGUAAAUUGCCAGACAGAAUAUUCCAAAAAUGCGAAUCCUUAAAAAUGCUUGAUCUGAGCGUCAAUAAUUUGCAGUACAUUGAAAGAUCACAGCUUCCCACUCCUAAAACUUCUCUAACAUAUCUCAAUUUGGGAAGCAACAAUAUAUCAUUAUCUGAAGACUAUAUAAGUGACAGUGGGGCCCAGUUUAUCCCUUAUGACUUCCCUCUGUCCAAUCAGUUGGAGCUGCAACACAUUUUCCUAGACAACAACAGGAUCAACCAUAUUCCCUCUUCAUUUAACAAUUUGUUUGUUGAUCUGAAAACCAUUGACCUUUCCGGGAAUUUGAUCAGUUACUUGGAUUUUCCCUCCAUACACUUCAUCUCAGAUGGUGUCAAACUGAACUUGAAAAAUAACCUAAUAAAGGCAAUCAGUCUACGUCAGUUGAAGUUUUGGCCGAUUAAGGAAAAAAUCAAGAACGUGACAUUGUCACUUGAGGGAAAUCCACUUGUUUGUAACUGUUUACUUUACAUAUUUGCAAAGAUUGUUCAGGAAAAGUCAGAAUUACUUAGUAAAAGCUCAUUUCAGGUCUUUAUUGAUGAUGCUGAUAAAGUAACAUGUAUCAGCUUAGAAAACAGGAAAAUGCAUGUGAAGACGCUCGAUUUCAAAAUGCUGACAUGCGAACUGGAAACAAGUUGGAAAUUGUACUUGCUCAUGCGCCCACAUGAUGAGAUGUUCAUUGUAGACUGUUUUAAAGAUAUGAAGGAAAUUCCAUGCCCAAGCAAGGACAUAUAUACCUCAAAAAACUAUUCCGUAACACUAAACCUGAUGAACAACAGCAUUGCAAACUUUGAUGGCCUCGACCAUCCCUUUUACACCAAAUUAGCUAACCUGACCAUUCCCUACAACAAAAUCUCCCACAUCAACGAGUCAGACCUUCCAGACAACUUAAAAGUCCUGGACGUGCGAGGGAACAACCUGACUUUCUUAUCAGCCACUACUCUUGACUACCUCAAUGUCACAGACAUGACUCUUAGCCUUGGAGACAACCCCUGGACUUGCAAUUGCGACAUGAUUGACUUCUUCACCUUUCUGCAAGUCCCCGAGAGAAAGGUACUGGACUCCAACAACAUUAAGUGUGCCAGUGAUGGUGAGGAGCUGUUAAGCAUCAAUGAGUAUACCAUCUGUCCAUCCUUCAGACAACCCAUGGUUAUUGUGACAAUCGUGCUCAUCACAGUUUUCCUUCUCCUGUUUGCUGUUCUUGGUACAAUGAGCUUCUAUAAAUAUAAGCAAGGCAUCAAAGUGUGGUUGUUUACACAUCGUAUGUGUCUUUGGGCCAUAACAGAGGACGAAUUAGAUGCUGACAAGAAAUAUGAUGCCUUCAUCAGCUAUUCUCACAAGGAUGAAGAGUUUGUCAACACAGUCUUGGUGCCAGGACUGGAGUCGGGCGACCCCAAGUACCGCAUUUGCCUUCACUACCGCGACUGGAUUCAGGAGAAUACAUCCAAAAACCAGAUCUUGCAGAGUGUAGAGGACAGCCGUCGAACUAUUGUGGUGCUUUCAACGAAUUUCAUUGAGAGUGUGUGGGGCCAGCUGGAGUUCAAGGCAGCUCACUCCCAGGCUCUGCAGGGACAGAACAACAGGAUUAUAGUCAUUGUGUAUGGCCAGGUGAUAGACCCGUCCCCUCCCGAGAGUGAGCUGGACGAGAAGUUACGGCUUUACAUCUCUAUGAAGAUUUUACGUGAAAUAAAUAUAUAUAUUUAUUUAGAAAAUUAUAUGGACUAUUCCCACAGUUCCUCAGAUAGUGGGAAUGUGGAUAUAAAUGUUGUAUGCACUAAAUUUGUUUACAACAUUGAGUGUACUACUGGUUGUACUUUGCCACUUGGCUGUGACCUAUUUUAUAACCAGGAUCGUCCCCAUACAAGGCAGCAACGAUCGAACAACCCUGCCAGACUCCGCACCAUGCGUGUUUAUGUGGGCGGGGGUUACCCUAUUUUUAAACGACCUUUUCUCACAUGUGUCAGUGCUAUACCUUGUACUUGGUUCUUAGAGGCAUUAUCAAACCAUUUCAAGAUCUUGCUUCAGCUGACCUGCAAGGCGGCAUCUCCUCGCAUGCCUUGUAACAGACUUGGACAUCGCACUGAAGAACAAUCUUCAUGGAGAGUGAAGAUGAGCGUCAACACAUCGCCCACAUAUACGGACUCGUCAUUCAGCGGUGGGGCCUGUGGACCCUCCCCGCGCUGGAUCUCCAUCCACAUUUUGGGAAGAAUUAUUGAGGAUCUGUUAACUUGGAACUGCUUCAUAGUGCAAGUUUGGGAGUUACUAAGGAGCUGCGAUGGUGCGUCCUGUGAAGCCCGAAGCGGAACCCAGCUGAUCCCGGCAAGCGUCCCUAUGAUGAGCCCAUGGAUGGUCCUGCCCGCCUUCCUGCUAUGGGGGUGGGCGGCGGGCGGGGUCACACUUUCUCUGUCUUGUGGGCGUUGUGAAGGAGGGCCUGACGGGUACACGUGCCCCAGCUCAGAUAGUGCCCAGGCGUAUGUGCUCAGGGCACUGCCAGAUCAGGUUCUCCGCGUGGAGUGUCGCAACAAUGUGGGGGACUUUUCGCUGUUGAAGGACUGUAAUUUCACCACAUUCAGACAGUUUGAGUUUGAGAGAUGCCCACUGCCCGACGUGUCGUUUGGCGAGGUAUUCCGGAGGAUAGGAGUGCCAAGUGGUGAUGUGAAGUCCCUCAGCUUCACGGCAGGCUCCUGGAAUGCUUCCUCGGGUCUGCAAGAAUGGCACUUGGACUCCCUCACAAACCUGCAAACGCUGCAGCUGGUUGACAACAACUUCACUUCCUUCCCUCCUGCUCUGCUGACGAAUACUCCAAAACUGGAGUUCUUUAGAUUUAUAGGAAAUCGGGUGGGCAGUCUCCCGCACACCAUGUUUGCAAGCACACCGAAUCUCGUCAUGGCUGAGCUCGGGAACAACGGACUCACCAGUGUACCUGAAGACCUCUUCGCCAACCUCACAAAGCUGCUCAAUGUUAGUCUCUGGAACAACCAGUUGACCGAUAUACAAAGAAGCUUAUUUUCAGACAUCACAGGACUCAGAUUUCUAGACCUGAGAGACAACUUCCUGAGUGACAUCACAAAUAGGCAAUUCCAAGGAAUGAAAAUACUAAAAAGACUCAACCUUGGAGGAAACAGAAUCAGCAAUUUAAACAAGGAUUCGUUUGGGGAUCUCAGGAGCUUGGAAGAACUCGAGCUUCAUUCGAACUGGCUUGAAAACUUACCCACAGGCAUCUUUGAUAACCAGAGGCUGAUGCAGAAACUGAUCCUGAGAAACAACAGUUUGAGUAAAUUGCCAGACAGAAUAUUCCAAAAAUGCGAAUCCUUAAAAAUGCUUGAUCUGAGCGUCAAUAAUUUGCAGUACAUUGAAAGAUCACAGCUUCCCACUCCUAAAACUUCUCUAACAUAUCUCAAUUUGGGAAGCAACAAUAUAUCAUUAUCUGAAGACUAUAUAAGUGACAGUGGGGCCCAGUUUAUCCCUUAUGACUUCCCUCUGUCCAAUCAGUUGGAGCUGCAACACAUUUUCCUAGACAACAACAGGAUCAACCAUAUUCCCUCUUCAUUUAACAAUUUGUUUGUUGAUCUGAAAACCAUUGACCUUUCCGGGAAUUUGAUCAGUUACUUGGAUUUUCCCUCCAUACACUUCAUCUCAGAUGGUGUCAAACUGAACUUGAAAAAUAACCUAAUAAAGGCAAUCAGUCUACGUCAGUUGAAGUUUUGGCCGAUUAAGGAAAAAAUCAAGAACGUGACAUUGUCACUUGAGGGAAAUCCACUUGUUUGUAACUGUUUACUUUACAUAUUUGCAAAGAUUGUUCAGGAAAAGUCAGAAUUACUUAGUAAAAGCUCAUUUCAGGUCUUAAUUGAUGAUGCUGAUAAAGUAACAUGUAUCAGCUUAGAAAACAGGAAAAUGCAUGUGAAGACGCUCGAUUUCAAAAUGCUGACAUGCGAACUGGAACAAUGUUUGGACAAUUGUACUUGCUCAUGGCGCCCACAUGAUGAGAUGUUCAUUGUAGACUGUUCUUUUAAAGAUAUGAAGGAAAUUCCCAUGCCAAGCAAGGACAUAUAUAACCUCAAAAACUAUUCCGUAACACUAAACCUGAUGAACAACAGCAUUGCAAACUUUGAUGGCCUCGACCAUCCCUUUUACACCAAAUUAGCUAACCUGACCAUUCCCUACAACAAAAUCUCCCACAUCAACGAGUCAGACCUUCCAGACAACUUAAAAGUCCUGGACGUGCGAGGGAACAACCUGACUUUCUUAUCAGCCACUACUCUUGACUACCUCAAUGUCACAGACAUGACUCUUAGCCUUGGAGACAACCCCUGGACUUGCAAUUGCGACAUGAUUGACUUCUUCACCUUUCUGCAAGUCCCCGAGAGAAAGGUACUGGACUCCAACAACAUUAAGUGUGCCAGUGAUGGUGAGGAGCUGUUAAGCAUCAAUGAGUAUACCAUCUGUCCAUCCUUCAGACAACCCAUGGUUAUUGUGACAAUCGUGCUCAUCACAGUUUUCCUUCUCCUGUUUGCUGUUCUUGGUACAAUGAGCUUCUAUAAAUAUAAGCAAGGCAUCAAAGUGUGGUUGUUUACACAUCGUAUGUGUCUUUGGGCCAUAACAGAGGACGAAUUAGAUGCUGACAAGAAAUAUGAUGCCUUCAUCAGCUAUUCUCACAAGGAUGAAGAGUUUGUCAACACAGUCUUGGUGCCAGGACUGGAGUCGGGCGACCCCAAGUACCGCAUUUGCCUUCACUACCGCGACUGGAUCCCAGGAGAAUAUAUCCAAAACCAGAUCUUGCAGAGUGUAGAGGACAGCCGUCGAACUAUUGUGGUGCUUUCAUCGAAUUUCAUUGAGAGUGUGUGGGGCCAGCUGGAGUUCAAGGCAGCUCACUCCCAGGCUCUGCAGGACAGAACUAACAGGAUUAUAGUCAUUGUGUAUGGCCAGGUACCUCCCGAGAGUGAGCUGGACGAGAAGUUACGGCUGUACAUCUCUAUGAAGACUUACGUGAAGUGGGGAGAUGCAAAGUUUUGGGAAAAGCUUCGGUAUAUCAUGCCACACCCACAAGAACUUAUACAGAAAAAACAGCAAAAGUGCAAAAAUGCAGAUAAGCUUGAACUUGUUAAAUCAAACUCGAAAAGUGUAUAACGCCAGUUUAAGCAAAACUUUUUUGUGCAUGCGAGUAACUGGACUACAGUCUUUAACAGUGAUGACUCAAAGGUGUUCCAGAUAUGAAAAGAGAUUUAUAUAUUGACAGAUGAAUAUAUAUAUUUAUUUAGAAAAUUAUAUGGACUAUUCCCAACAGUUCCUCAGAUAGUGGGAAUGUGGAUAUAAAUGUUGUAUGCAGCUAAAUUUGUUACAACAUUGAGUGUACUACUGGUUGUACUUUUGCCACUUGGCUGUGACCUAUUUUAUAACCAGGUACAUAUGUAUAUAGCAGGUUUAUGAAUAUGUAUAUCAUUCACCUUUCAUUUUCAUCUACCACUGAAAUGCCAUUCAUCAAUCAUUUUUCAUUAGUAUGAUGGUCUUGUAUCGUUUAAGAUAUUUUUAUGGUAAACAACUGGAAUUUUGUAAAAGAGCAAAUCAUUUUGUCCAAAAGAUUAAUAUUUUACACUUGAAUUUUUACGGUGCUUUCAUCAUCCAAUAUACAUACAGUGCAGUGCAGUCAAAUUUAAAAGUUGGUGCUUCUGUUUCAGCUUUUUGAUACUGGGACUUGCAUAGGUAGUGCUGAGUAAAUAGCUGCUUGAAACUAAUUUUCUGAUUAUGACUUUUUUUAAGAAGUGUGAAAGCGCUGGUCUGCAAGAGCUGUGGUCAGUAGAUUAGAAAAGUCUGAAAUGUACAAGUUAUUGGUAUGGUAUACAGGAUAAGUAACUUAGAGAAUGAGCUUGCAAAUUUCUUGAUAGCGGGAGCAAGGGAGCAACACAAUGCUCGAUAGAUAGAAGUGGAAAAUGUUGGAGAACAAUCCCAUUCAAUAAAUGCUUUUAUGGCUUUCAUCACGGCUUCCAGUAUUAUCCAAGCAAGGGACCAGUGUAUGACUUUUCUGUAAUAUGGGCAGGACCAUUAUAUCUGAAUAAAUAAUGAAAGACUU